CAACGAAAGAGAGAAACCUAGAAUCUGAGGUUUUGUGAGGUUUAGGCAUAUUUGCAGGGACAAUGGUGAAAGCAGUCUUGCUCCAAUUGCUGUUUGGGGUUUUAGCUGUUGUGUUAAGCGCUUUUGUGGUGAAUGCAGAGGACCCUUAUAAGUUCUACACUUGGACUGUGACUUAUGGGACUCUUUCUCCUCUUGGUGUUCCCCAACAGGUGAUUCUUAUCAAUGGUCAAUUUCCUGGGCCUAGACUUGAUGUAGUGACCAAUGACAACAUCAUCCUUAACCUCAUUAACAAGCUGGACCAACCUUUUCUGCUCACAUGGAACGGGAUCAAGCAGAGGAAAAACUCAUGGCAAGAUGGGGUAUUGGGAACCAACUGCCCCAUCCCUCCAAACUCAAACUAUACCUACAAAUUUCAGCCCAAGGAUCAGAUAGGUACCUUCACAUAUUUUCCAUCAACUAAAUUGCACAGAGCUGCUGGAGGGUUUGGAGGGAUCAAUGUCUAUUCGAGACCACGAAUUCCUAUCCCAUAUCCAAUCCCUGAGAGUGAUUUCACUUUACUUGUUGGUGAUUGGUACAAGACCAGCCAUCAGGAAUUGCAGAAAUCAUUGGACUCAGGAAAGUCUCUUCCAUACCCUGAUGGUCUUCUUAUAAACGGCCAGGCUAGUACUACCUUCAGUGGUGAUCAAGGCAAAACAUACAUGUUUAGGGUCUCAAAUGUAGGAUUGUCAACCUCAUUAAACUUCAGAAUUCAGGGUCAUAAAAUGAAGCUAGUUGAAUGCGAAGGAUCUCACACACAACAGAACAUUUAUGAUUCCCUUGACGUGCAUGUUGGCCAAUCAUUUUCCGUCCUAGUGACCUUAGUUCAGACUCCAAAGGAUUACUACAUUGUAGCAUCCACCCGAUUCACUAGACGUGUUCUUACAGCAACUGCAGUACUACACUACUCGAACUCUCACACUUCAGUUUCUGGACCUGCACCUGCUGGUCCGAGUUACCAAUUUCACUGGUCUAUGCAGCAAGCUAGAACUUUCAGGUGGAAUUUGACAGCAAAUGCAGCCAGGCCUAACCCUCAGGGCUCAUACCAUUACGGACAGAUAGUACCAACAAAGACAAUUAUAUUGGCCAGUUCAGCACCUAUAAUAAAUGGAACUCUGCGCUACGCAUUUAAUAGAGUCUCCUACGUUAACCCUGACACCCCAUUAAAGCUUGCUGAUUACUUUAACAUCCCUGGAGUUUUCAGCUUUGAUGCCAUUCAAUCCGUUCCCUCCGGCGGCCCCUCAGUCUUAGCUACACCUGUGUUGCCAGCCUCACACCAUGACUUCCUUGAAAUUGUUUUCCAAAACAAUGAAAAGACUAUGCAGUCGGUGCAUCUAGAUGGUUAUGAUUUCUGGCCUGUUGGCUAUGGUUCUGGACAGUGGCAGCCAGCCAAGAGAAGAACUUACAAUCUAGUUGAUGCUCUAACUAGACAUACUGUUCAGGUUUUUCCAAACGGUUGGAGUGCCAUAUUGGUGUCCCUAGACAACCAAGGAAUGUGGAACUUGAGGUCAGCUAUAUGGGAGAGGCAGUAUCUUGGGCAACAACUCUAUCUCAGGGUUUGGAAUCCAACCCAACACCUGGCUAAUGAAUACGACGUUCCUUCAAACGCCCUUAUGUGUGGAAAAGCUGUUGGACGACACCCUUAGGAGUUAGGAUUGCUGAUGGUUUGGCUGACUUGAGGACAAACAAAAGAAAUUUAAAAAGAAGAUUACAUUUAGCGUUUAUUUCCUUAGUUGUAUCUGAAUUUAGAUGAGCUUAAAUUUUCUUCUGAUCUACCAAAUAUGAUUGUAUGGGCUAGUUACAUAAUAAUUCUGUAGAAAGCAGAAUUCUGAA